ACCAAAACCUGCUGUUUGGAAGUCCAUAUCAUGGGGCCUUAAUGAUUUCAGAUUUCAUGUUUUCUUUUCCCUAAACUAGGUAUCAAAUCUUUACAGGUUUCGGCUUCCAUCUCUAAACAAUCUCUAUCCUCUCCAUUAUCAGAUAUAUAUAUAUAUAUAUUCACUCCCUCUGCCAUCUUCAAUAUUCAAAUUUUGAAACUCUUCACUGAGCUUCUCAAUUGAGUUGGGCUCUGUUUUCAGCUGCAGCCAUGAUCAACUUCAAACAACCUCAGCUUAUGACCUUUUUUUGCUGCUUUUUAAUCCUGAUUCCUUCCCUAGUACAAGGGGAAUGUACCUGUGAACCAGAAGAUGAAGAUCGCAAUAAGUCUCUAGCGCUUAAAUAUAAGAUAGCUGCCAUAGCCUCCAUCCUCGUUGCGGGAGCCAUCGGUGUUUGCUUCCCUCUGUUAGGGAAAGUCAUCGAGGCUUUACGUCCCGAUAAAAAUCUUUUUUUCUUAAUCAAAGCUUUCGCCGCCGGUGUGAUCUUGUCCACCGGCUUCAUCCAUGUUCUUCCGGAUGCCACUGAAAGCUUAACAUCUCCUUGCCUCAAUGAGAAUCCUUGGGGAAAGUUUCCGUUCGCCGGACUGUUGGCUAUGACGGCGGCCAUUGGCACAUUGAUGGUUGAUGUGUUUGCUACAUCUCAUUACACCAAAUCUCACCUUCACAAAACCCAACAGAACCACGAGGGUGAUGAAGAGAAAACAGAGCAAACCGAAAAUCAUCUGCAUGUUCAUACUCAUGCCACCCAUGGCCAUUCUCAUGGUUCUGUUUCUAUGCUUGAGCGUGCAGAUUCAGCUCAGCUCCUUCGGCAUCGAGUAGUCUCUCAGGUAUUGGAAUUGGGCAUAGUGGUGCACUCUGUGAUCAUAGGGAUAUCAUUGGGUGCUUCAGAAAGUCCAAAGACUAUAAAACCUUUGGUGGCAGCACUCACCUUUCAUCAGUUCUUCGAAGGCAUGGGACUUGGUGGAUGCAUUUCUCAGGCUAAAUUCAAGGGUCGAUCGGUUGCAAUCAUGUCACUGUUUUUCUCGCUGACAACACCAGUAGGAAUCGCUAUAGGAAUAGCAAUAACAAAUGCAUACGAUGAGAACAGCCCAACGGCACUGAUUGUGGAAGGGUUAUUGAACGCGGCAUCAUCUGGGAUCUUAAUAUACAUGGCGUUGGUGGAUCUUCUAGCCGCUGAUUUCAUGAACCCAAAGUUACAAAGCAAUGGAAUACUUCAAGUUGGAGCCAGUGUUUCUCUUCUCCUUGGGGCUGGUCUUAUGUCUCUCUUGGCUAUUUGGGCUUAAAUUCGGGGUUUUUUUUUUGGUUGCUUUUACAUAAAAACAUAGUAUUGAUUAAAAAGUUUGAGUAUAUGAAAGCAAGAAGUUUAUAUUUAUGUUAAUAGAA